GGAUGGGACACAUAUUCCGAUUGUAGCACCAAAACAUAAUGAGGAAAUUUUUAGGAACAGGAAACUGUUUCAUUCUCUGAAUGUGAUGGUUGUUUGUGGCCCAUCCCUCCAGAUCCUGUCCCUGAAUGCUAAGUACCCCGUAAGUGCACAUGAUUCACAUGUCAUUCGCCAAUCAGGGAUCUGGCAAAGAUUAAGAAUGAUGGAAGGACAAGAUAUGUGGCUAUUGGGAGAUCAAGGAUAUCCUUGCACCCCCUGGCUCAUGACUCCUCCGCCAGGGCCACAGUCGGAGUUUAAUUCUGCGCUUACUGCCACUAGACAGCUGGUGGAGCGCACUAUUGGGAUCCUGAAGGGCAGAUUCUGUGUGCUCCACCGCACUGGUGGCAACCUCAUGUAUUCACCGGAAAUGAUCUCCCUCCACAUUACCGGACGAAGCCCUAUAUGGAGAAACACGUUGGCACACCCACUUGUGAGAAACCGCAGACCUCAGCCUACCGCAGUGCCAGCCACCCGGGGUCAGAAAGCAGCUACACUGCAUACACACUGGGCGCCAGAUCAGAGCCCCUGUAGCAAAGAGGGAGCCAGGCUGGAAGAGGCAAGAACACGGACAGAGAAGGAACGCACCAAUGGCUGACAGGAUUCAGCCGCAGCUGUGCAGGAGACACCUGCAUUGGGAGCGGGUUACGGGACUGCAGUUCCAUUGACAGUUAAGCACACACUGAAAACCCACCUCGGAAUAUCUAAAGAGGGGCUGCUUCUAUCGGACAAAAGAUCCCUACAUUACAUCAAAAGGAUCAACAAGGUACCCUACGUGACUGCGCUCAUUGUAAAUUGUGCACGAAGGCUUUAGACUAUACCUGAUUCAUAAAGUGACUAUAGGUCUAUUCAGCACACAAAGAUUUUACAGUGAUUAGAGGAAAGUGCAAUUAAGCAUUUGUCCUAAUGAACUUAGAUAUUUGGACAUUUGCGUUAUCCAUGCUUUUCAUGUAGUGCUACCAAUGUUACUUUUAUUUUAUUUUGCUUGAAAAAAGGCUUUUUUAA